CGGGCGGGGGAGCCGAGCGGCGGCGGCGGGGGCGGUAAUGGCGGAGCUGGUGCAGGGGCAGAGCGCUCCGGUGGGGAUGAAGGCCGAGGGCUUCGUGGACGCCCUGCACCGGGUCCGGCAGAAAGCCACAGGACUCAUUGUGUUAGAAGAAGGUCUCCACUCGGUCGCUUGAAGAUACGGUCUUUACAUCUCUUUCCAGUAUUCCAGGGGAGGGAACCCUACCUGUUUCCCAGUUACUGGCUUUUCAUUUUAAUACUGACGCUCCUGUAGACAUUAUGUUGGAUCCCAGAACUUUCCAAACCUAUGGUUCCACCUAAAAUUUUGUCUGAUGACUUGUUACUUACUGCCUAGGCGCCAACCAAUACAGUAGUGAGUAUCCACCUUUACUUAGACUUCAGAGCCAACCAGUGGCUGUAAUGGAUGAACACGCCGUCCAGCUCCCCUUCCAUCACUCUGCCUGCCAGUGUGUUACACUGCUCUCCUCUACAGCACAGGGUCCUGAACCGUGUUUCUCACUGGCUACUAAUAUGUAAUGGCUUUCGCCCUGUGCUGAUGUGUGACAGUCACCUUGUUGGCCUUCUGUGUCCAGGAAGAAUUAGAGUCACUACCCUAAAGAGCUCAGAGCCUCAGUUUGCAGAAGGCCUGUAGUUGAACAUAACAUGAAUUUUGAACCGUUGAAAAGACUUUCUGCUUCUCUUGAGCCAGUGGUUGAACUGGUAUUCUUGGACAACCUGCUCAAGAGGGAGGGAGACCCUCUGUUAAAUGCUGACCUAAUGUGGAUUGUUGAAGCAGUGAUGUUUACUACUAGCAGAGAGAACUUCACUGGAAGUGUUCCCAGCUCUGAAAUGCACCAUUGACUGGAGCAGUAAUAAGCCCAAUGGAGACAGUGCUAUUGCUGCUAAAAUUGACUCAAUUCCUCACUUGAAUAAUUCCACACCUCUAGUGGACCCCUCAGUGUAUGGAUAUGGAGUACAAAAACGGCCCUUGGAUGAUGGAGUAGGUAACCAGUUAGGGGCCCUGGUACAUCAAAGGGCAGUAAUAACAGAAGAAUUCAAAGUGCCUGAUAAAAUGGUUGGAUUUAUCAUCGGCAGGGGAGGGGAGCAGAUCUCACGGAUUCAAGCAGAGUCGGGUUGCAAAAUUCAGAUUGCUUCAGAGAGUUCUGGGAUUCCAGAGAGGCCCUGUGUACUUACCGGAACCCCAGAAAGUAUUGAACAAGCCAAACGGCUCCUGGGCCAGAUUGUAGACCGCUGUCGGAAUGGCCCUGGCUUUCAUAACGACGUGGACGGCAGCAGCACCAUCCAGGAGCUUCUCAUCCCCGCGUCGAAAGUGGGCCUGGUCAUCGGCAAAGGCGGGGAGACAAUAAAGCAGUUGCAGGAGCGGACAGGUGUGAAAAUGGUCAUGAUCCAGGAUGGCCCAUUGCCUACGGGAGCAGAUAAGCCUCUUCGCAUCACUGGAGACCCGUUUAAAGUACAGCAAGCAAGAGAAAUGGUAUUAGAGAUCAUCCGAGAAAAAGACCAAGCUGACUUUCGAGGUGUGCGCGGUGACUUCAACUCCCGAAUGGGAGGAGGCAGUAUGGAGGUGUCUGUGCCUAGGUUUGCUGUUGGGAUUGUAAUUGGAAGAAAUGGGGAAAUGAUCAAAAAGAUCCAGAAUGAUGCCGGUGUGAGGAUUCAGUUCAAACCAGAUGAUGGUAUUAGUCCAGAGAGAGCUGCGCAGGUCAUGGGACCCCCAGAUCGGUGUCAGCACGCAGCACACGUCAUCAACGAGCUUAUUCUUACAGCCCAGGAAAGAGACGGCUUCGGAGGCCUUGCAGUAGCCAGAGGAAGAGGCCGUGGCCGUGGCGAUUGGAGUGUGGGAACUCCUGGUGGCGUCCAGGAGAUAACGUACACAGUGCCGGCCGAUAAGUGUGGCCUCGUCAUAGGCAAAGGGGGCGAGAACAUCAAAAGCAUCAACCAGCAGUCGGGAGCCCACGUGGAGCUUCAGCGGAACCCGCCUCCCAACACCGACCCCAACCUUCGCAUAUUCACCAUCAGGGGCAUCCCUCAGCAGAUCGAGGUGGCCAGACAUCUCAUAGAUGAGAAAGUUGGCGGUACCAGUCUCGGAGCACCUGGAGCCUUCGGACAGAGCCCCUUCAGCCAGCCACCUGCUGCACCUCAUCAAAACACCUUCCCUCCCAGGAACUCAGGGUGCUUCCCAAACCUCGCUGCUAAGGUGAACGGGAACCCCCACAGCACCCCUGUGAGCGGACCUCCGGCCUUUCUGACCCAGGGGUGGGGCAGCACCUACCAGGCGUGGCAGCAGCCCACACAGCAGGUGCCAGGCCAGCAGAGCCAGCCGCAGAGCAGCCAGCCCGACUACAGCAAGGCCUGGGAAGACUAUUACAAAAAGCAGAGUCACGCUGCCAGUGCUGCUCCUCAGGCCAGCUCUCCACCGGACUACACGAUGGCCUGGGCGGAAUAUUACAGACAGCAGGUCGCUUUCUACGGGCAGACGUUAGGGCAAGCUCAGGCCCACAGCCAGGAGCAGUAGGACGCUGGCCUGCGCUCUCCCUGAGAUCAUCGUGAGCAAACCUAUUGUAACAGAGGUUUUUAGAUGUGCAAACCUUUUCAUGAAGAACCUUUGUUUUCUGUGAAACACUAUAUUUAGAUUAACAGAAUUUUUCUAAAAAUCGGGAAAAUUACUAAAAAUUUCUGAUAAUUUUUUGUUUCAUUAUUUUUGUUUGUUAUUUCAAAUGUGUGAGCUCUGGGAUUCUUUUUGGAGCAAUACCUGCAAAUUCAGGCACCAGAAUGUGCCUCAGAGCAGUGACAUUUCAACACGGUGUGUUUCUGUUUUGUUUUGUUUUGUUUUGUUGCGUGUCUUUUUAUUUACAGUUUUUUCUGUUGCAACGGAAAGUGGCUUGGAAGUCUUAGGUGGUAUGUAACAAAUUCUUUUAAAAAAUUUUUAAACAGUAUUUAAAUAUUCUUAAAUGUGUAAAUUCGUUAAAUGUUUUACUUCUAAUUUCUUGUAUCUUGGCUGUCUGGUUUUAUUGCAUUUUUUAAAAACUGAACUAUUAUGUAUUGUAAUUAAUUAUGUGAAUUCUGAAUUGAGACAGAUAAUUGUAUUGCUGUCCACCAGGGGUCGGGAGGGGGCGUUUUGUAGGGUUUGUAUAAUUUCUAGAGUUCUAAAGGUAAUAUAAAGAUGUGUUUGUGCGUUUAGCAUCCGUCUCCUCGUGUCUCCGUUACCAGUUCCGAGCGUGUGUCUAAGACCUCCAAGCUUGUUUUAAAAACAAAACAAAAAACUUUGCUCUCUUCUCUCAGAAAUAUAAAUACUGUUAUUUUUAAUAUUAAAAAGAAAUUCGAUAUAACUUUUAACAAACACUGUGGAACAUUAAGCCGCAUAAAAAUGUAACUAUUUUUUAAUUCCAAGGUGUUUUUUGCUUUUUUCUUUUAAAUAUUUUCUUAAUAUUUGUCAAAUUAACUAGAUGAAUAAAUAAAUCUAGUAUUAACCACAAUAUGAAUUAAAUAAUUUUGAUUUAAUAAAAGGGAUAAUAUGAUUUCCAAUGUUUACUGUAGUGUAUCUUGUACAGAUAACAUGUAUUUUUAAAGGAAAGAAAAACGGAAUUGAAGCUAUUUUUUCUUGCAUUUUUAAUUGACCUGAGGGACAUUCCGUUUGAAAUGUACUGAAGUUACAGUUUCUGGUUUUUUCUUCGUAUUUUCCUUAUAAUGCUUGAAAUGUCUAACUAUUAAAAAAGGCAAUUGGAAAAUGUUAUGCAUGUUGUUUUAAAAGAAAAAGUGUUCUUUUUAUUUGACUGACAAUUCCUUUUACACUCUAUAUAAUAAAAUUCCCACAAGAUGCCUUGUGGGCGCAGUCCUUUUA